UAAAAAUGAAGGCGCCAAAACCAGUGACCUAAUCCAAUCCAGGUUUCCUUAGCGAAGCAGACAUAAAGGACUGAGAUAAGAAAAUUUACUCACUGAGUGUGGACUGAGCUGAGAGAGACUCACUCACUCAGCUGCUACAUCAUUUAAGCAUGGCCAUGGCAGUCGCCAACUGCUGCUUCUCUGUUGUUACCUCCACCGUUAAAUUCCGUUGCUGUGUUCCUUCCCAACCAUAUCUCGCCACGUCGCAGCAUUCCGUUGCUUCCGUCACUUGUAAAGCCGUCGUCAAUCGCAGCAGACGCCCUGGAGAACAUAAAGAACGUGUCUCGCAGAAGAAGUCUCCGGGGAAAUCGAAGGACAAGAGGUCCUCUUUACAUGAUGAGGAUGAUGAUGGAAUCAGUGGUAAAAGGAAUGCAGGGAAAUCCCAAUCAAUGGCUUUUAAGUCAUUUGGGGCUCAAAGAAAAGAUAAGAAAGAAUUUAAGUUUGAUAUGAAGGAACAACAGUUUGAGCCACAGAAUCUUAAAGAUGCAGCAUUUUUAGAUGCAGUUGUCAAGGUUUACUGCACCCAUACAGAGCCUGAUUAUUCCCUUCCUUGGCAAAAACAAAGGCAAUACACAAGCACAGGAAGUGCUUUUAUGAUUGGCAAUGGAAAACUUUUGACAAAUGCUCAUUGUGUUGAAUACUAUACACAGGUCAAAGUGAAGAGAAGGGGAGAUGAUACCAAAUACGUAGCUAAGGUACUGGCCAGAGGAGUUGAUUGCGACAUUGCUUUGCUUUCAGUAGAAAGUGAGGAAUUUUGGGAAGGAGCAGAGCCACUGAAGUUUGGACACUUACCACGUCUUCAGGACGCAGUAACAGUUGUAGGAUAUCCCCUUGGAGGAGACACCAUUUCAGUGACAAAGGGGGUUGUGUCUCGUAUAGAGGUUACAUCGUAUGCUCAUGGAUCAUCUGAUUUGCUGGGUAUUCAAAUUGACGCAGCAAUAAAUCCUGGUAACAGCGGUGGUCCUGCAUUCAAUGACCAUGGGGAGUGCAUUGGAGUAGCAUUUCAGGUAUACAGAUCUGAAGAGGUUGAGAAUAUUGGAUAUGUGAUUCCAACAACAGUAGUAUCUCAUUUUCUAAAGGACUUUGAGAGGAAUGAGAAAUACACUGGCUUUCCUUCACUUGGUGUGAUGCUGCAAAAGUUGGAGAAUCCGGCAUUACGUGCAUGCUUAAAAGUACAGUCUAAUGAGGGUGUGUUGGUACGGAGAGUUGAACCAACCGCUGAUGCAAAUAGAGUCUUAAAGGAGGGGGACGUGAUUGUGAGCUUUGACGAUGUUCAUGUGGGGUGUGAAGGAACAGUGCCAUUUCGAUCAAAUGAGCGCAUUGCAUUCCGUUAUCUUAUUAGUCAAAAAUUCGCAGGCGAUGAAGCAGAGCUUGGCAUAAUUAGAGCUGGGUCAUUCAUGAAAGUUCAAGUAGUUCUUAAUCCUCGAGUGCAUUUGGUUCCAUAUCAUGUUGAUGGGGGUCAGCCUUCGUAUUUAAUAAUUGCUGGUUUGGUGUUUACUCCCCUUUCAGAACCACUGAUAGAGGAGGAAUGCGAGGGCUCUAUAGGGCUGAAACUACUAGCCAAGUCACGUUAUUCUCUGGCAAGGUUCAAAGGGGAGCAGAUUGUUAUCCUAUCACAGGUCUUAGCAAAUGAAGUCAACUUUGGAUACGAGGAUAUGAGCAAUCAGCAGGUUUUGAAGUUCAAUGGAACUCAAAUAAAAAACAUUCAUCACCUAGCACACCUUGUCGAUUCAUGCAAGAACAGAUAUUUAGUUUUUGAGUUUGAAGACAAUUACCUUGUUGUGCUGGAGAGGGAAGCAGCGAGUGCUUGUUCAUCCCACAUUCUCAAAGAUUAUGGAAUUCCAUCUGAACGAUCUUCUGAUCUAUCAGAGCCAUAUGUGGAUUCAUUAGAAGACAACCAGGCAGUAGAUCAGGAUUUUGGCAAUAGCACGGUUACAAAUCUGGAAGUUGGCUUUGAUGGACUCCUCUGGACAUAAUACCAAGUGUCGGGAGAUCAUUCUGAGCUUUAUCAUGACAAUCAACAGUUGGAGAGUGUGGUUAUAACCUCAACUCAAUGCCACCAAAUUGAUAAAUGCCAUGCUUCUGCCCAUUUUCAAGGCCAUUACACGAUCUCCCUUUUUUUCUGGUACGGAAUUACCCGAUCAUGGUCUCUCUCUCCUUUUCAAUUUUUGCUUCAUUUUUGUUUGGUUGCCUGGGCUUAUACGGAUAGAUUUUAACCAUUCUGCAUGUUAAUUAUAACAAUUAGGCAGAGCGUAAUUUUUUACUGUGGGGCUCACCGUCUCUCGUCAGCCUUGAAAUUAUUUGUUGUAAUGAUUUGAAAUAAUAAUGUAAAACUAAAUUAUUUAUGAAUCCAUUUGAUUCGGAAUAAAA